AGAGUCACAAGAGUCUAAAGGUCAUAGCUAACUCAUGCUAUCGCUCACCGGGCACCGUAUCGCGUAGCGGUGUUGUAUUUGUCAACAAAGUAAACGAGUUAUCAGUUAGUUAGAUACACUAUAAAAGCUUUCUAAACGCAGAGAAAGGAUGGGAAAGAUAGUCGGCGUUAAUUCGUCAAGUCAGAAACAAGUGGAGAUGAAAGGUGUUCUUGGAAAGCACAUUGGACGAUACCUGGACCAGUACACCUUUAUCUGUGUGUUUGGCUCUGUGGUGGGCUACGCUGUGAUGCCACUCAUUGGGACUGUGGAGACGCUGGUGCUGUCUGUGAUCGUGAUUGGUCUCUCCAUACAUGGCUUACGGAAGAGUCCCCCCAAAGGAGAGGACGAGCGACGACGGUACAGAGAGGAGAGGAGAACAAAGAAACAGGACUCAAAAAAGACGGUGCAUGUUCAAGUGAUUACAGACUCUGAAAGUCAGCAGAAACGACCGAAAGAUGAUGUCACUAAAAGUCCACAAGAACAUAAAUUGUCUGCCGAAGAAGAGGAAGCAGAAAAGUUGCGUCGACUGGAGGAAAAGCGUGAGAAGAAGGCAAAAAAGAAAGGAGAGAGAAAUAAACGACGUGAAGAAGAAAGAAAGGAAAAAGAGAAAGAAGAGCUAGUUCGUAAGGAGAAACAAGAGCAGAGGACCCUAAAGAAACAACAGGAAAAGGAGGCCAAAGGAAAAUCCAGAGGAUUUCUAUUCCCCACCUACGAAACGAUCAAAGCGAUGGUGACUCCCCAGAAACCAGUGAGACGAGAGAGAAAGCAUUCCACCUCUUCUACCAGUUCUGGCUCAAGCUUCUCACACCGCUCACACCCACACACUCCUCCAAGACCACACCCAGUCCCUACCCGUGCCUCCAGUGACCCUCUACUGUAUCCAUCCUCGAAACCAUCCCCAUGGGGAUCGAAAAUGUCUGAAUCAGCAACAAACAUGUUCCCACAGCUACCAAGCAACGAUCAAUUAUGGACAACCCCUGCUAAUCACCCUCACACCCUAACAUCGAGCACACCUCACACUGAUGUCUGGCAGAGAUCCGAUCUUGCACCUCGACCCCCACAAUACGCUGUAACGGCAACACAUGAUAGCACUUGGAGUGAUGUGAACUCAUUACAUCCGAAUUGGACAAAUACAAAUGUUGAGACAUUGACUUCUGGACAAGCUUGGUAUCCGAAAGAGUUUAACAGCUUGCUACUGAAUGGGAAUGACCACAGUAUUUGGCAUGGCAAUGAACAACAAAAUGGCGGAGUUGGACCACUGGUUCCUCAAAACAGUAGGUUUUACUCACUUUUCAGUAGCGAAGUUUCGUCUCCAUUAUUUAUGGACUUUCAACCGAGCGGCGGUGGCAGUGCUGAUCAUGUGAUCAGUACUGAGUUGGACAAUUCUAAUUUGGCAAGUACAAGCACAGAUGAUGACCCAAGUUUCGACGAGUGGCCCAAUAUUUGAAUUGUUUCUAUUGAGACUCUGAAACUUUUGAGUAGUAGCUUAUUUGUUGGACUAUGUGUACAUGAUUGUGUAUAGUCUCUCUUGCAAGUC